CCCAUCGCCGCCGCCGCCGCCGCCGUGUUUGUCAGACAGACUUGUGCUGUCUCUUAUUUUCUGAUUUCCUCCUGCCUUUUUUGAAUCUUUCCUCCUCCUUCCUCGAUUGUCUCGCCCAGCGCGCACACAACUCGCAGCACCACCCAGUCCCAUCUGCCGUUCUGGACUGCCUAUCCCAGCUUCCCCAUUUCUCACAAUCCAACGACCAUCGCGGCCGGCAAAUAAACAAGGAGAAGGGUGCAGAGGGGACAGAAAAAAAAAAAGAUAAAAAAAAGAAGCCCAUCCCCACAAUCAAGGUCAAACAAACAAAAAUCUUGACGAAUGAAGACGCUCGGCAUCUCACACCUCUCCCUUCCCCCUCCUUUCCUUGUCCCGCUGUCCGCCCCGACGUUCUUGUCUCCCUUCUUCUCCCUUUAAUCUGUUUCAAACACCCGUACGGCAUUACCCCUUCCUACUAUUUUGUCUCCCUAGUCGGCCAGAAAAAGAUCGACCCUAGCGGGCAUAUAUCGGCACUCUAUACCCUCCUGCCGCGAGGGCCCGCUGCAUAGUCGACCCUGGGCCUGGCAAAAACGCACGCACCCCCAGCUUGUUUUGUUUCCUCGACUUCCUUUUUUUCUUUUUUUUUUUGGCUGGCCUGUGCUGUGUCUGGCUGGUCGAUCUCUCAGCCUCACCAGGACUGGAUCACAUAAGACAUACAUACGUGCGACCGCCCCGCGCUGUUUGUCCGUCGUGUCCUCACUCUCGAGUCCCUCUUCUUCACACCCCAUCUUUUUGCCCCCUCUCUCUGUCUCGCUCUCCCCCGAGUCUGAGUUUGGGUUGCCGUCUCUCAGAACCACCGCCUCCUCUCGACAUAGAGUUCGACCAUGGCUUCCACGUUCCGUUCAGUGAAUCAUGCCCCCGAGAUGCCGGAAUCCGCCAACGACCCGCCCAAGGCUCUCGACGCCACCUCGGCCGCCGCUAACCCGCCAACCCCAUCCAGCGUCAUGGAUGAUGCGACAACGCCCACGAGGGCAACCUUCAGGAAUAGCGGCGACGCCGCCACAAUAGCAGCAGCUGGCGCAAGCGCCGCCCUGGCCUCGCAAAAACCCCUGCCGACCUCGCCGUUUCCACAAGCCGUGCAGCUUCCUGAGCCACCCGAAAAGACGCUGCCGAGGCGCCAAAACUCGCAGCACUCGAGGAAGUCGGGAGACUCGGAAGAUGUCGACAUGAACGACUCGGAUGGGGAGGAUGGCGCCGGCGACGAUGCUGGCUCUGACGACGACAGUGUAAAUGCAGACGGCACAAAGUCAAAAAAUAAGAAGAAGUCGCAGCGCUUCUACUGCACCGACUACCCGCCCUGCAACCUUAGCUUUACCAGAAGCGAGCACCUGGCCCGACACAUCAGGAAACAUACGGGAGAGAGGCCAUUCCAAUGCCACUGUUCCCGCAGAUUUUCGCGGCUCGACAAUCUCAGACAGCACGCCCAGACUGUCCACGUCAACGAAGAUAUCCCGAUGGAUUCCCUGGCUGCGGUCAGCACCCGCUUUGUCCGCCAAGUGCGUCAAGAGAGCAGAGCCCGCCAGAACGGUCGAGCAAGGGCCUCAACCGCUGGGAGCGUCGGCACGCCCCCACGCGGCCACUCAAAAUCGCUGUCCACCUCUAGCAUUACCAGCAUCGGCUCUCUGGGGAGCUAUAGCCCUCGCGAUGACCCUGCCGGUCGCCGCCGCCCUCCGCCCUUGGUCAUGGCCGAUCCUCGCUCCAGACUGUCUCUAGAGUCGUAUCGCAGCGCUGCUGACAGCCAGUUCUCCUACCGCGCCCCUUCUCCAAGCGAGUUCAGCACCCCUACCUCUGGCACGUUCUCGACUGGGCAGAGCAGUCCUCGGUGGUCUGGUAUGGCGUCCCCCGCGUCGGCUCACUCGCGCGCCCACAGCAUGUAUGCCUCGGGCAGCCGCACUCCUGGCAGGAGGCUUAGUGUCCCUUCGGUUGCCGGGAACCCGUUCCACUCCCCGCAGAACCGUGCCCUGGGAAGGCCGGUCUUUGGGGCUGGUGCUAUAAAUGCCUCCAACGCGGGAGUCUUCUCGUCGGGGGCUGGCAGCAUGAUCUCAUCGCCCACGUUAUCUUCGGCUGGUUAUCCUCGGCGGGAGUCUAUGUCAAGUGCAGCUGACGAGGCCUGGCGCCGCCGGACCUGGCAUCCAGACAGCAGAGAAUACAGCGCAGGAGGCAGCAGGUUGAGCAACGUUAUCACCCCCGGCCAGCUCCAGAGCGCGCCUCUGCCGGCGCCUGCGCCUGCGCCUACACCCGCCGCACUCGCGCUUGCGCCACCGCUGGCGUUGGCUCCCAACCCAGGUCAACAGCCAACGGUGCGACUCCCGGGCAUCGAGUCAUUCGAUCCGAUCCGGCCGCCAGGCGCUUCACCACGAAGAAUCUCCUCGCCAAUGAUGGUAGAUUCGGAAAUGACAAACGCUCCCGGCCACAUGUCGGAGUCGCUGGCUGCUGAGGACCGUCAUCUCGCACAGUGGGAUAUGGGCCUCCAUCGGGGCUUGACUAAGCUCGACCUCGCCGCAAACACACCUCCCAGGGACAGUGCCGGCGCAUGGGCGAACGAGGUGAACAGUGCGGUCCAGGCACAGGCAGAGCAGGUGCGCGCUCAGCCGACGGUUAGGUUUGAGCCUGAGCCUCGCGUCGUUUCGAUUCCCCACUCGGCUGGAGUUCCACCGCACAGCGGUUACCGGGGUGGCUACCACCACCAGCACACAAUGUCGGCGCCUUCCAUUACCACCCCCCGCGAGUCUAAGAGGCACGGGUGGUACCACGGCCCGGUCACGUCUGGCCUCAGCGAGGUCCCGGAGCAGCCCACGAGGGGCCCUCGGGUUGAUCGUAUGAUUCACCCCAACCUUGCCAACGGCUUCGCUGGGUUCCCCGCUAGGGAGCCUCGGCCAACCGCGACAAGCUCAUCGCCCCGGGAUCGCGACGUCGAGAUGGAAUCCGAGAGGCCGUCCCAGCCCGAGUCCAUGAGGCGUCUCGAGGCGCUAGUUGCCGUAGCCACCAGCGAAGGCUCAACUGCUGCAGCGUAUUAGGCCCAGCAGUGGUUCCGGCGCAAGAUCCAGUCAGGGACGUGGGUCUUGGUGUCUGCGGCUCCGGUCUGGACAUACCGACAUGGUCAAAUCAGGGCCUAACGAUACACGCAUUGCGCUAUCUAGCCACUACGAUAUCUAUCUCUUCAUCUUCCCAUUCACGACCUGACGACCACCCUCUUCCUACCUUUGUUUCCUUUCGUCGUAUGGCCUUGGCUUUAUCCUUUCUUCCCUUUCCGGCGACUUGCACAACUGGGGGCAACAGCACAGCAUCGGGACGGUGGCGGAUCUGUCCCUCCCAGGGUCGUCGAUUAGUUGGAAUUACUCCUUUUUAUUCUCUUUCCUUUUGUCAUUUGACGGGAACUUCAUUUCAGCUACCCAAAUAUGAGUUGCUACGAAUCUUUCCUUUAGCCGUCCGCCCUCCCCUCUCGCUCUUAAGCAUAGCUGUUUUGUUUUCUUUUGUAUUUUCUGCAUGAUAUCACGCCGCACCACGCUCGUUGCAUCAAGAUCUCUGUCUGCCUUCAUGGCAUUUUAUUUGCUUCUUGCCUUUAACUUUUGACGAAUUCGCUCGCUCGUCCGAUACCCAUUCUAUGCCGAUUAUCUGACUUCUGUUAUGAGGUUUUAUGUUGUUCUCUCUUUCUCUUGAUGAUUUCCUGAAUUGGGCCUCUUGCCUUUCAUUUGUUUCUUGUUGCGGACUUCUGGGACAUUGCCCCAUCUGCUAGAUAGGGAGGCUAUCGCUGUAUUUUCUUUCUGUCCUUUCGCACAGUGUCCUCGGCGGUGGGCGCAAAAGGGCAUGUCGGGAGAUGGUUGUGCCUUGGACGCAUUAGUGGGGUUUCUCGGCUCGGGUUGGGUUCUCUACGAACACGUGGGAGGACUGGCAUAUCGGAUUUGAUACCCACUCAAUCUAUAUUACAUAUUGGGCGAUAAUGGAGAGCCCAGACUUGCUGUUGGGAUAGCCCUUCUCGGGGUUGCCACGACUUGACUGAGCAGGGAUGAUGGUGCGUGCGGGUCAAUGCUUUUGGGCGUGUUUGUUGCCCUUUCCCUUCAUCUGCCCUCCCUCAGAAAAACGAGUUUGAUACCCGAGAAUACAUUUACAACACGGUUUCCUC